AACACUUCCUGAAUGCACUGCCCGCCCCACGGCCCUGCCCAGAGCUGAUGGCCUUCAUUAGUCCCUGGCGCUUAUCUUGGAACCACAGCCACUGGCAGAACUACCCCAGCCCAUCUCUCUGCCCGCCCUGCACCCAGCAGCGUCAUGGGGAACUGUCUUUACCCGGUGGCUGAUGACAACUCCACCAAGUUGGCCCUCGACGAGGAACUUUGGAGUGAAUUUCAGGGGACCGACUAUCCAGACUAUAAUGAGGCCGACAUGGAAGCAGCUGCGCCCUGCCACUCCUGCCCGCUGCUCGACUACUCCUCACUGCCCUUCUUCAUCCUUGUCAGCGUCCUGGGCAUCCUGGCUGGUGGAACCGUCCUCUACGCGCUUCUCAGACCUCUGUUCCGCUGGCAGCUCUACCAGGACCGGUCUACCCUGGUGCAGCUGGCCGUGGGCAGCGCCCUCUUCAGCAUCGUGGUGCCCAUCCUGGCACGGGGGCUCAGUGGGGCGCCCAUCACUGCCCUCUGCCACCUGGCUCACCUGGUCGCCUAUGGCUCAGCCUUUGCUCAAGCUCUGCUGAUAGGGUACCAUGCCUACCUAGGCCCCCAGCUGGGUGCGGGCCAGGUCCCAGGCCUCAGGCUGGGGAUCACCGUGGGACUUUGGGGAGUGGCGACCCUCCUGUCCCUGCCAGUCACGCUGGGCAGUGACACUUCCCAAGGACUCUGCACCGUGACCUUCAGCGGGGAGUGGGAAAUGUUGCGGUACAUACACGCUGCAGCCUGUUUUGCCGUCUUUGUCUUGUUGCCCCUGGGUUUGUUGGGAGCCAAGGGGCUGAAGAGGGCGCUGGGCAGGGUGACUUGUUCCUGGGUUGAUAUCCUGUGGGUCUGGUUCAUUUUUUGGUGGCCUCAGGGCAUGUCUCUGGGAUUGGACUCUCUAGUGAGGUCCAGGGCCAUAGUGGUGUCAACAUGUCCGGCCCAGCAGGCCCUGGACAUGCUGCUGGAUGUGGCAGAAGCCCUGGCAAUAUUGCACUGCGUGGCUACACCCCUGCUCCUCGCCUGGGUCUGCUACCAGGCCACUCACACCUCCCCACCCUCCCUGCCUCUGUCUACAACACAGACUUCUCAUCUGGACACCCUUGGAGGCAAAUCCUAGCUCUCUGCCCACCUGUCAAGCUGAAUUAAAGUCUACG